UUACGUCAGCACGUGCGAGCGACAAGGCCGGGUCCCUGGAAUAGAGAGGGGGCGCUUCCUGUGCAUGUUGGCUGUGAGACGGUCUCUGCCGGGUUGUAGAGUUCGACCUCAUGGCGGAGAUAAUUCAGGAACGCAUAGAGGAUCGACUCCCCGAAUUGCAACAGCUGGAGCGCAUUGGACUGUUCAGUCGUGCGGAGAUUAAGGCUAUCAUUAAAAAGGCUUCAGAUCUAGAAUACAGAAUACAGCGAAGAACUCUUUUUAAGGAAGACUUUAUCAAUUAUGUUCAAUAUGAAAUCAAUCUUUUGGAACUGAUCCAGCGAAGACGAGUUCGUAUUGGGUAUUCAUUUAAGAAGGAUGAGAUUGAAAAUUCUAUCGUACACCGGGUACAAGGUGUCUUCCGACGUGCGUCAGCCAAGUGGAAAGAUGAUGUUCAACUUUGGCUGUCUUAUGUAGUCUUUUGUAAGAAGUGGGCUACCAAAGUUCAACUUAGCAAGGUAUUCUCUGCCAUGUUGGCCAUUCAUUCGAACAAGCCAGCCUUGUGGAUUAUGGCGGCCAAAUGGGAAAUGGAAGAUCGCUUGUCUUCAGAAAGUGCAAGACAACUAUUUCUUCGGGCUCUGCGCUUUCAUCCAGAGUGCCCAAAACUUUAUCAAGAGUAUUUUAGGAUGGAGCUGAUGCAUGCUGAGAAACUGAGGAAGGAAAAGCAAGAGUUUGAAAAAGCCAAGAUGGAUAUGGGGAAUCUCGAGUAUGCUGAAGAAAUCCUUAUGGGCGAGUUGGCAAGGAUCAUCUACAAAAAUUCUGUAAACAUAAUUAAAAGUGCAGAAUUUCAUGUGUCACUGCUUUCAAUUGCACAGCUAUUCGACUUUGCCAAAGAUCUGCAAAGAGAAAUUUAUGAUGACCUUCAGGCUCUGCAUACAGACGACCCCCUCACUUGGGAUUAUGUGGCCCGCCGAGAAUUAGAGAUCGAGUCACAGCCAGGAGAAGAGCCGCCCACAACAAAACAAACCAAAGUGGCAGAGGUGGGCCGCCGGGAGGAGAGGUGCUGUGCUGUGUAUGAAGAGGCGGUGAAGACUCUGCCUACAGAGGCCAUGUGCAAGUGUUACAUCAACUUUUGCAUGGAAAGGUUUGCUAAGAAGACAAGCAGUCGGCACCUCAGAGAGAAGAGGCUGGAAAGAACCAUGGUUGCAUUCAGGAAGGCACAUGAUCUCAAACUUCUAUCAGAAUUCCAGUACAAGCAGUGGAGCGAGUUGUUGCUGCACCAUGACUUCCUUACAGAAGCUCUGGAGGUGGCAGGAGCCGGGAUGGAAUUGUUCAGAGGCUCCGUGAUGAUGUGGCAGGUGAAGCUGCAGGUCCUGAUUGCCUCAAAGAGCCCUGACGUAGCCAUGCUUUUUGAAGAAGCCUUUGUGCACCUGAAACCCCAGAUUUGUCUGCCAUUGUGGAUUUCUUGGGCAGAGUGGAGUGAAGGUGCCAAAAGCCAAGAAGACACUGAAGCAAUCUUUAAGAAAGCUGUCUUAGCUAUCACGGGUGGCGACUCAGUCACUCUGAAGGAUAAGUACCUGGAUUGGGCUUAUCGAAGUGGUGGCUACAAAAAGGCCAGAGCUGUGUUUAAAAGUUUACAGGAAAGCCGUCCAUUUUCAGUUGAUUUUUUCAGGAAGAUGAUCCAAUUUGAAAAGGAGCAAGGCUUUCACGUAUAUUUUCCCGUGGAGGUGCCCAUGUUCCCCCAGGAAUCCUGCAAGAUGGCGAACUUAAGAGAAUAUUAUGAGAGAGCUUUGAGAGAAUUUGGAUCCGUAGAUUCUGAUCUUUGGAUGGAUUACAUCAAAGAAGAAUUGAACCACCCCCUUGGUAGACCUGAGCACUGCGGACAGAUCUACUGGCGAGCCAUGAAAAUGUUGCAGGGAGAGUCAGCAGAGCUGUUUGUAGCUAAACAUGCUGUGCACCAGGCCGGCCAGCUGUGAAAAGAGGAAGAACACAGCCAACUUUGUGAAAUAGUGUUGUAAGCCCUCUGCAUAGUUUUGUAUUAUGCAUUCAUCUGCAGUUUGCUUAGAUGGCAGGCGAGAUGGUGUCUGAUUUUGAGACAUGCUUUAAUUUUGUUAAUGCACUAAUCUUUAAUUCCAGAAAAGAGAACUGCUGUUUAGUGGCCAGAGGCCAAUUGUUGAGGCCAGACCUACCAUAGGUCCUAAAUGUUUUCCAAAAUACAUGGAAAUCGCAUCACUGAUCUUCUUUUAUCACCACUGGUCAAACUUGAGUAUCUCUAAUCUAGACCCAGGGGUCAGUUAAGAUAGGAAAGUACAGUUCUGUUUAUUUUCUCUUUAUUAUAAAAGUAUAUGUGGGGGCUUCCCUGGUGGCGCAGUGGUUGAGAGUCCACCUGCCGAUGCAGGGGACACGGGUUCGUGCCCCGGUCCGGGAAGAGCCCACAUGCCGCGGAGCGGCUGGGCCCGUGAGCCAUGGCUGCUGAGCCUGCGCGUCCGGAGCCUGUGCUCUGCAACGGGAGAGGCCACGACAGUGGGAGGCCCGCGUACCGCAAAAAAAAAAAAAAAAAAAAAGUAUAUGUGGUAUGCAUUUGUUGUCGAAAAUAUGGGCGGAAUAGAAUAAUGUGGAAAAGAAAAUAAAAGCAUUCUGUAAUUUUAUCAUCUGGACUAAAAAUCACUAAUUUGAUUUCCUUUAUUAGAAUUGAUUUAUACUGUUAGAUCAUUUACUCAUUCAUUCAUUCAUUGAGUGCCCGUCAUAGGCAGGAAAGAGGAGAAGCUUUCUGGGAUGGAGGUAAGGGUUGGAGGAACAGAGCUGGAUGUCCUGAGUUGGUAGAAGCAGCAGAGAAGGAUGCUGGGUAUUGGGGGAAAAGUUGUCCUUUAAGAAGAUUUAAGUGAUUAUAAAAGUGUGUUCUAUCUCUGGGACCGAUCUGCAGAGAAAUGUUUACAUUGGGGAGGCCCAGCAACAAAAGAAGGGCAGGGGUAGGGAGUAAGUUAGAAAGAGAAGGGCUUCAGAGGCGAGGAUGGAGGAUGGCUUGGAGUAGAGAAGGGCGUUCUGGGAGCAGGGGAGGCAGUUGUUUGAAUUGUACAUUCUGUAACUUAACAUUGUGAUGCUGUCACUGGGAGAAGCAUUCAGUUCAGUUUUACUUACUGUUAUGUUUCACUUAAUAUUAUGGUUUUUUUUCCAUGUCAUUAAAUAGCCUUAAAAAGAUUUAAUGAAUUCAGAACAUUCCAUUGUAUAGAUGAGGCAUGACUUAUUUUACUAAUCCCCUAUGGUUGGACCUUGUCAUUUCUAAUUUUUUCUUGUAAGUACUGUUGGUGAAGAUUCUUGUAAAUCUUUGUUAACAUCCCUGGUUAUUUCUUUAGGAGACUGACAUCUGACAGGAGAAUUACUGUAUUAAGGGAUAUAACUGUUUUAAAGAAUAUUGAUAAGUGUUGCCAGUUUGCAAUGUAUGAAAAUACUUUCAAGCACUGUGGGUAUUAUAUUUCUUAUUUUUACCAUUUUAAUAGGUGAAAACUGACAUAUCCUUGUUUUAAUGUGCAUUUCUUUGAUAUCAGUGCAGUUAAUGCAUUUUUCCUGGCUCUCAUGUCUUUUCAUGUUUGACUAUUUUUUGACCUUUUUUUUUUUUUUUACUAAUUUAUAAGAGUUUUUUAUGUACUAAGAAUAGUAAUCUUUAGUUCUUCUCUUCUUUUUUGCAAAUAAUUUGCCCCCAGCUUUUUUUUUUGUGGUGUUUUUUGAGGUCCAGAGGUUUUGUAUGUAUGAUUUCUAUUGUUGAAAACCCUACCUCUUGCUGAGGACAACUCAGUAUUUUUUCCCCCAUGCAGUUAAUUAAAUUUUCCACAACACCGUUUGUAGCCAUUUUGGUCUCUGCUGAUUUGUAAUACUACCUUUAUUAUAUAUUAAAUUCCUAUGACUAUUAGAGUCUAUUUUAGGGCAUCUUUAUUAGGAGCUUUUUUACCCAA